UCAAAAUGGGUUCCUGCAGGAAAAUAUACCCCUUGAAGAAAUUUUUGUCCAUCUUAAAUGUACAAGAGAGGGUUUGAGUUCUGAUGCAGUUCAAGAGCGGUUGGAUUUGUUUGGAUACAACAAACUUGAAGAGAAAAAGGAAAAUAAAAUAUUAAAAUUUUUGGGCUUUAUGUGGAAUCCUUUAUCAUGGGUCAUGGAAGCUGCAGCUAUCAUGGCCAUUGCUCUGGCACAUGGAGGGGGCAAGAGUGCAGACUAUCAUGAUUUUUUUGGCAUCCUGAUCUUACUUAUAAUCAAUUCGACCAUCAGUUUCGUAGAGGAAAACAAUGCUGGAAAUGCAGCUGCUGCCCUUAUGGCUCGAUUGGCCCCAAAAGCCAAGGUCCUACGAGACAGAAAGUGGAGUGAGGAAGAUGCGUCAGUAUUGGUGCCUGGUGACAUUAUUAGUAUUAAACUUGGUGAUAUCAUUCCUGCUGAUGCACGUCUAUUGGAAGGAGAUCCUCUAAAGAUUGAUCAGUCCGCUCUUACUGGAGAAUCACUUCCAGUAACCAAAAAUCCAGGUGAUGGAGUUUAUUCGAGUUCGACAUGUAAGCAAGGUGAAAUUGAAGCAGUGGUCAUUGCAACUGGUGUCCACACAUUUUUUGGGAAGGCAGCUCAUCUUGUUGAAAACACAACGCAUGUUGGGCAUUUCCAGAAGGUUUUAACAGCUAUUGGAAACUUCUGCAUUUGCUCUAUUGCAUUUGGGAUGCUUAUUGAGAUCAUUGCAAUAUAUGGGAUUCAACAAAGGAAAUACCGUGUUGGUAUUGAUAAUCUACUUGUCCUAUUGAUUGGUGGCAUCCCAAUUGCAAUGCCUACUGUUCUCUCCGUUACAAUGGCCAUCGGUUCACAUCGUUUGUCUCAGCAGGGUGCAAUUACAAAAAGAAUGACUGCCAUUGAGGAAAUGGCUGGAAUGGAUGUGCUUUGCAGUGACAAAACAGGCACAUUGACGCUUAACAAGCUUACGGUGGACAAAAAUAUGAUUGAGGUUUUUGCCAAAGGUGUUGACAGGGAUAUGGUUGUGCUCAUGGCUGCAAGAGCCUCAAGGUUGGAGAAUCAGGAUGCUAUUGAUGCUGCAAUUGUUUCAAUGUUGGCAGACCCUAAGGAGGCUCGAGCUGGAAUUACUGAAGUUCACUUCCUCCCAUUUAAUCCAACUGACAAAAGGACUGCGCUUACAUACAUAGAUUCUGUUGGUAAAAUGCAUAGAGUCAGCAAAGGUGCACCAGAGCAGAUUCUCAAUCUGGCACAUAACAAAUCAGAAAUAGAUAAGAAGGUACAUGCAAUAAUCGACAAAUUUGCAGAAAGAGGACUUAGAUCUCUUGGUGUUGCACGCCAGGAAGUGCCUGCUGGAAAAAAAGAAAGUCUGGGUGGCCCCUGGGAAUUUGUUGGGCUGCUUCCUCUAUUUGACCCUCCUCGCCAUGAUAGUGCUGAAACAAUCAGAAGAGCUCUGGAUCUUGGUGUUAGUGUUAAAAUGAUCACAGGUGACCAACUUGCAAUUGGCAAGGAAACUGGAAGGAGGCUUGGAAUGGGUACAAAUAUGUACCCAUCUUCAUCUCUGCUCGGUGAAGGCAAGGAUGAGGCAAUUGCAUCACUUCCAAUUGAUGAGCUCAUUGAGAAAGCUGAUGGUUUUGCUGGUGUCUUCCCUGAACAUAAAUAUGAGAUUGUACGAAGACUACAAACUAGAAAACACAUAUGUGGAAUGACUGGUGAUGGAGUGAAUGAUGCACCUGCCUUGAAGAAAGCUGACAUAGGAAUUGCUGUAGCAGAUUCCACAGAUGCUGCCAGAAGUGCCUCUGACAUAGUUCUAACAGAACCUGGGCUAAGUGUAAUCAUUAGUGCUGUCUUAACAAGUCGUGCUAUAUUCCAGAGGAUGAAAAAUUACACGAUAUAUGCAGUGUCUAUCACUAUACGCAUAGUGCUUGGUUUUAUGCUGCUGACUGUCUUCUGGAAAUUUGACUUUCCUCCUUUCAUGGUUCUUGUAAUUGCCAUUCUUAAUGAUGGUACUAUCAUGACCAUAUCCAAAGACAGAGUCAAGCCUUCUCCCCUUCCUGACAGUUGGAAGCUUAGUGAAAUUUUUGCAACUGGCAUUGUCCUUGGCGGUUACCUGGCUCUAAUGACAGUCAUUUUCUUCUGGGCAGCUUACGAAACUAACUUCUUUCCGAAACAUUUCGGUGUCCGGAACUUCAACCAGCACCACUUGAACAUGGAUGAUGAAGCCAUUGCCAACAAACUUAAAGAACAAUUAGCAUCAGCUAUAUAUCUUCAAGUCAGUACCAUUAGUCAGGCCUUGAUAUUUGUGACCCGCUCCAGGGGCUGGUCAUUCACAGAACGUCCAGGCCUUCUGCUUGUUGCUGCCUUCGUAAUUGCUCAACUGAUUGCAACGGUGAUAUCUGCCCAUGCAAACUGGGGAUUUGCUGGGAUCAGAAGUAUUGGUUGGGGGUGGACAGGUGUGAUUUGGUUGUACAAUGUACUGACUUACUUCCUUCUUGAUCCUAUCAAAUUUGCUGUGCGCUAUGCACUCAGUGGAAAAGCUUGGGGUCUGGUGGUAGAGCAAAGGACUGCAUUCACCAGUAAGAAGGAUUUUGGAAAGGAAGCUCGUGAAGCUGCGUGGGCGACUGAACAGCGAACACUACAUGGCCUCCAGUCAGUUGAGACAAAAAUGUUUUCGGAGAGGACCCCUUUUAGGGAAAUCAGCGUCAUGGCUGAAGAAGCUAAAAGGCGUGCAGAGAUUGCAAGGUUGAGAGAACUUCACACACUCAAAGGAAAGGUUGAAUCAUUUGCCAAGUUAAGGGGCUUGGACAUCGAUGCCAUUAACCAGCACUACACCGUCUGAAUAUUUUUAUUAUUUUUUCCUCUCCUCCUUCGUUACUUUCUCGCCUUUCCAUGUUCGUUCUAUGUUACUUUUCAAAUCAUAUGGCGGAUUAUCAUUAUGUAUAAGCUUGACACUUGUUGCUACCGAUUUAUUAUAAAAUAAUAAUAAUAUCGAUUUUCCAA